AUAACAAAAUUUUGCAUAUGUACACAUGAUACAAAUUCAAUAUUUUUAGGUGCUUUUCCAAUAAAAACACCGAAUAUUUUCAUUUAUGUCGAAGGACCCUUGUAAAAGAUUCGCUUGUGACAUCCAGAAAUGUCUUAUGGAGAAUAAUUUCCAAGAGAUCAGGUGCGACAAGGUUUUCGAGGCGAUGCGCCAGUGCUGCAUGAAGCACAAGCCGGUAUCUCUAGUUUGCGACGGGUACGACGUUCGAGCGCCAAGGCAGUUCUCACCUGCCACCGACACACCGCAGAAAAUAUGGAAAAUCGUCGUCGCAGUCAAACACUAGGACAAAGAAGUUGGAUAUACAAGUAUCCGAGAACGUUCCAGCUAACAUUCACUGUGUUGGGGCUCUCUAUCUUUUUCUCGAAGCCGAUCUACGACAUCUUCUUCAG